CCACAUAGUUAACCAGUGGGUGUGCGCCUUUGUUAUUUCGCCGACUGGAAACACAUCCAUUCAGUUGACACGCCACUGAUAUCGUUGAUCUGAGAUACAUUCUAUCUAUCGAAAGAGCUGAAGAGAUUGAGGAGUAUGUGGGAGACCUCCUGCAGGGCACAGAUGGGAGAAAAGGGCAGUUUAUAGAUGACCUUCUCUGCAGAUGGAAGAAGACUCAGAAACAGUCUAUAGAUAACACAAGUGCGUUCCUUUACAAGGAAUCCGUUUCAUCAGCAGAUUCACAAGACAUGAGCAAAGAUACACAGAAGAAGUCGAAGCGCAAGGGCCGUAACAAACAGGAGGUGAUGACUGUGAGCCAAACAGAACCUGAGCCAGAGGCAGUCAAAACCCCCAUUGAUCUGAUGAGGGCCCAAGAAAACAGUAGCACUUCUUCAACAAAGAAGAAAAGUAAAUUUGUCAAUCUUUAUAAUAAAGAGGGACAGGACAAGCUGGCUGUCUUACUCCCGGGUCGACAUGCCUGUGAGUGCCUUGCCCAAAAGCACAAGCUCAUCAACAACUGCAUCAGCUGUGGUCGCAUUGUGUGUGAGCAAGAGGGCUCAGGACCCUGCCUCUUCUGUGGAAGCCUGGUCUGCACAAAAGAAGAGCUAGAGAUCCUGCAACGAGACUCAAACAAAAGCCAGAAACUGAGAAAGAAGCUUAUGGGAGAUUGUGGAGAAAGAGAUUAUCUCCCACACCAAGAGGCCAUGAUGAAGGCUGGCUUGGAGAAGGCUGUCCAGCACAAAGAGAAACUGCUGGAAUAUGACAGAAACAGUGUAAGGAGAACUCAGGUUCUGGAUGAUGAGUCGGACUACUUUGCCACUGAAUCCAAUCAGUGGUUGUCACCCGGUGAGCGAGAAAAGCUGAGGAAAAAGGAAGAGGAGCUUAGACAACUUCGCCAUGCCUCUCGCAAGGACAGGAAGAUCACUUUGGACUUUGCUGGUAGACAAGUGAUUGAUGAGGGAAAUAACCUCAAUGAGUACUACAGCAAGUUGGAUGAGACCCUCAAGACUAUGAGCAGUGACUCUAUGUCAAAAUCACCAAUGUAUUCUAAGAGACAAGGUGGAAGGCAGAGCCUGGGAGAGCUGGUCAACCCCAACAUAAUGCAGUCUGCACCUGAGUGGGUGGAUGUUGGAGGUCGUGUAAACUACAAUAAAAACAAGAGUCAGGGAAAGCGUUUGGCGGAAGACAAGGGAGGAGAAGAACGUCACAGGUUGCGGCUCCAAGACAAAGACCUGCAGGAGAUGUCUGAUGGGGGCUGGUGCCUCAGCAUGCACCAACCAUGGGCCUCACUACUGGUCAAAGGCAUCAAGAGGGUAGAGGGGCGAACUUGGUACACAUCCCACCGGGGUCGUCUUUGGAUUGCUGCUGCUGCCAAGGCGCCCACUCCUCAGGAGAUUGCUGAGGUGGAAGCAAUGUACCGCCACAUCUACAAGAAAGAGCCCAGGUUUCCUAAAGACUACCCCACUGGCUGCCUGUUGGGCUGCGUCAACAUGACUGAUUGCCUGUCUCAGGAGCAGUUCCAUCAACAGUUCCCUGAUACCUGUGAGGAGUCGGCUUCCCCAUUUGUCUUCAUAUGCACCAACCCCCAGGAGCUACUGGUGAAAUUCCCCAUGAAAGGGAAGCACAAGAUAUGGAAGCUGGAGAGUCACUACCACCAGGGUGCCAAGAAGGGGCUCGUCCCAUUAGCUGCAGAGUGACGUCAAGAGGAGAAACUGAAGAGGAAAAACAAUCUGAUCUCACGGGAACAUGGAAAAUUGUGUUUCCAAAAGAAUGGCUACAUACUCCACUGGUUUGUCUCUACAUUGGAUUAGUUGUCCAUGAUGACAUAUCAUUUCCAGCUGAAUAUUGUAUGCAGUACAUGAUGUAUAAUCAUUCUGACAAAUUUCUACAUUUUGCUUUGUCUCCAUUCGAUUGUUUGCAGAAAUAAAAAGACCCUCAGGUUUCA